AUGAACUUGCAAACACUCGCCCUCCUUAUCUUCCACCUAACACCCAUCACCGCCAUAAGCUCCGCCCGCGUCUGGACACAUUUCUACCCCAACUGCCCCGGCGAACCCUACACAGACCUAGAAUCCUACGAGCACCACGACCAAGUAAGCCACGAAUUCGACAUCCAAGCAGGCACAUGCCAAGGCAUCUCCGUACAAGCCCUGGAAGACCGCCGCCUGCAAUACGUCGACCACGUCUCUGUCGAUGCAGAGCUCUUCUGGACAGAGCCCUUCGACCAGUGCAACAUCACCGUCCAUGAGAUCCCACACUGCAUGGAUCCGCCGUUAAUUAGGAAGGAGAUCCAUAAUCGAGUUGGUGUUAGCGAGUGUAAGGAGAGGCGGUUUGCGCCGUUUAAUGAGAUUUGGGUGAGGUUGGAGUGCGGGGAGGUUGGGGGGCCGCAUCCUUAUGCGGAGUAUUUGAGGCCGCCGCCGCAUGUGCAGGGGCAUGGACAGGGCCAUGGGCCGUUGAGAAAUGUUACAAUGGGAAGAGUCGGGAGUGUUGGUGGGGUGUCACAUUCGCGGCCGUUGGAGAAACCCAAGAAGAGGUGGUCGAAGUUGAACUUGCCGGAGCCGGUUGGACGUAAGUGGGUGGGUUGA